GGGGGAUCUGCUGUUUAAUUUUGAGGUUCAUUUUUUCUUUUCAGGAUUGGAGAUCUGGAAAGGUUUUGUUGCAUACAUAUUUUUCCUUCUCAUCGAACGAACUUUACAUUUGGUUGUUGAACUGGGUAUUUACGAGACAUCGCUUGUCUACUAACCCUUUUGUUUUCCUCUCUCUCCUCGCCAAGCUCCAAAAAGCCACUGACGAAACCCCUCAACCCGAUAACUCUCAAUCAUGGCAUCCAACAACUGGGACGGCAAACAAGUCGCCGACGACAGAGGACACCUGCAAAGCUCUACGUACGUGCCACCAAACGAUGGCAAGGAAGUCUACGACAACAGCCACCUCGAAAAUGCGCCGUAUCCAAGCCCAUCUGAGAUGAAGGGGUCGACUGGCUUGGAUAGCGACGAUGAAGUCCUCUCGAGGUGGUCGGUCGAGGAGCAGAGUCGUAUUCUAAGGAAGGUGGAUGUGAGGUUGAUUCCGAUCUGUGGGUUGAUGUAUUGCGUUUCGCUGUUGGAUCGGACGAAUCUUUCGAAUGCUGCGAUUGCGGGUAUGAAUGUUGAGUUGAUGAUCACGAAAGUCAAUGGCGUGGAUCGCUAUUCCGUCAUCACUCUCAUGUUCUUCAUCACCUACACCAUCUUCCAACCUCCUGCCACUCUGCUCUGCCGAAAAUUCGGCCCACGUGUAUUCCUCUCCACCAUCACUCUACUCUGGGGUGGUGUCAUGAUCGGAUUCGGCUUCGUCCAAGACUGGACUCAUCUCGUUGGACUCAGAGCAGUCCUUGGUGUCCUAGAGGCCGGAUUCUUCCCAGGUGUCGUCUACCUAAUGUCAACAUGGUAUAAGCGCUACGAGAUGGGCAAACGCUACGCUGGUUUCUACCUGAUUGGAUGCGUUGCUUCUGCUUUUGGUGGUAUUCUGGCUUUCGGUCUCAUGCAGAUGGAGGGUAUCGCAGGUUUCGGUGGAUGGCGCUGGAUUUUUAUCAUUGAAGGAAUUCUCACCUGCGUCGUCGCCGGCCUCGGCUACAUAUUCCUGCUCUCCUUCCCAGAUAACUCCAACUCGCGCUCCCUCCGCUUCCUGUCCCCAGAAGAGCAAAAGUGCAUCAUCAUGCGCGUUAACGCCGACCGAGGUGACGCCGAGCUCACGAAAUUCCAAUGGAAGAGAUGGGCUGCGUCAGGAAAGGAUUGGAAGAUUUGGGCGUAUGCUUUGAUUUUCGGAUCUAUCACUACCGUUUCUUACGCUCUCGCGUAUUUCCUGCCCAUCAUUCUGAAUUUGGGACUUGGUUUCGAUACCGGGACUUCGCAGUGUUUGAUUGCUCCCCCUUAUGCUUUUGCAGGUAUCAUGAUGGUCGCCACAGGCUGGUGGGGAGACCGCUACCGCAUGCGCGGCCCCAUGCUCGUCUUCAACGCCAUCCUCGCCAUCAUCGGCCUCGCCAUCGUCGGCUUCCACUCCAACUCCAAGGUCCGCUACUUCGGCGUCUUCCUCGCCACCGCUGGCGCAAACGCAAACGUCCCCGUCUGCAUGGCUUACCAGGCCAACAACAUCCGCGGGCAAUGGAAGCGAGCUUUCUGCUCUGCUACGCUCGUUGGGUUCGGCUCCCUAGGUGGUAUUGUGGGAAGCACGGUGUUUAGAAGUGAGGAUCGUCCGGGCUAUGUUCCGGGUAUUAGUGUGGCUAUUGGGAGUCAGGUCAUUAUCUGUAUUGCUGUUGCGGCGCUUACGCUGGAUUUUAUGAGACAGAAUGGGAAGGCGGAUAGGGGGGAGAAGGUGUUGGAGGAGGGGGAUGCGAGCUUCAGAUAUACCUACUAGGGUAUUACACUUCUGGAAUGCUUGCCAGAUUGCUUGGUUGAUGCCAUUCUGAAAGCAUAAGGAUGCCAAUUUAGGAAAUCAAUUCAUGGCCUAAAUGUUGAAUUUCGA